CUCCUGCAGCCGAAAGCGCCGGAGGGGGCGGGGCCAGGCGGUGGAGCCACGUGCGCCUGGUGCCGGCCAGCCAUGGCCCCUGCGCUGCGGCGGCUGCGGGAGGCGGCGGCGGUGCUGGGCGGCGGCGGGCUGCUGCUGGGGGCCUACCUGGCGGCGGCGGGGGACGAGGCCUUCUACGCACGGCUGCUGAUGCCGGCGCUGCAGGGGCUGGCCGCGCCCGAGACGGCCCACCGGCUGGCCGUGCGCCUGGCCGCCCUGGGGAUGGUGCCGCGCGCCCCCGGCCGGGAGGAGGACUCGCCGCUCUUGGAGGUGGAGGUCUUCGGGCGGCGCUUCCGCAACCCGGUGGGGCUGGCGGCGGGCUUCGACAAGCACGGCGAGGCGGUGGACGGGCUCUUCCGGCUGGGCUUCGGCUUCGUGGAGGUGGGCAGCGUCACCCCGCAGCCCCAGGACGGCAACCCGCCGCCCCGCGUCUUCCGCCUGCCCGAGCACCAGGCCGUCAUCAACAGGUACGGCUUCAACAGCGAGGGGCACGCGGCGGUGCGGCGCAGGCUCUGGGCCCGGCGGGAGGCGCAGCGGCGGCUGGGCACAGAGGGGCGACUGCUGGGCAUCAACCUGGGCAAGAACAAGGACUCUGCCGACGCAUCCCUCGACUACACGGCCGGCGUGCGCGCCCUGGGCCCCCUGGCCGACUACCUGGUGGUCAACGUCUCCAGCCCCAACACGCCCGGCCUGCGGGCACUCCAGGGCAAGGGCCAGCUGCGCCUCCUGCUGACACGGGUCCUGGAAGAGAGGGAUGCUCUGACGUCUGAGCCAAAGCCGGCCGUGCUGGUGAAGAUUGCGCCGGACCUCACCCCACAAGACAAGAGGGACAUCGCAAGUGUCAUUUGUGAGGUGGGUGUUGAUGGGCUCGUGGUCACAAACACCACCGUGAGCCGCCCUGCAAGUCUCCGUGGGACUCUUCUUGAUGAAGAGGGCGGGCUGAGCGGGGCACCCCUGCGCCAGCUCUCCACACAGACCGUCAGCGAGAUGUACUCUCUCACCCAAGGCCGAAUACCCAUCAUCGGUGUGGGUGGGGUCUGCAGUGGCCGAGAUGCCCUGGAGAAGAUCCGCGCAGGGGCCUCCUUGGUGCAGAUGUACACUGCCCUGACCUACCGUGGCCCACCUGUUGUGGGUGCUGUGAAGCAGGAGCUGGAGACGUUGCUGAGGGAACAAGGAUUCCGAAGCGUCAAAGAAGCCGUGGGAGCCGAUCAUCGUCCCUGAAAGCCAGCCUGACCAGCGGCGCCUCUUUCCGGAAAGGUGGGGGCAGGAUUGAUGACAUCCAGGAACACUCCCCCUUUCCAGAAUGUGUUUUUCCAGCCCUACUGUGUGCCUUCGCUCCCUAACAAAAGGAAGCCCAGAUCUGCCUGUAUGUUCUGAUGGUCUGGCAGCGCACCCUUUGUCCUUGGCAAUGAGGGAACAAAUGCUGACAUGAGCAACAGCCCAGCCAGUGCUGGUUCCAAGGCAGUAGCCACAACACACACACGCCCCACACUGUGAACAACCAGGCCCUGGUGUGAAAUGUCAGGCCAGGCGUAAAGGUGAGGGGCUCCCCUUCACGGGCCCUCUUGCGAAAGGCCUGGCAAGCAGCCUGAGAAAGCAGCUCAGUACGCUCAAACCCCCCCCCCCCCCCCAAUACCUGAGUGCUUCGGAUGUGUGUGCUGAGGGAGAAGGGCUGGCAAAUGGGACAGUUGGCACAAUUGGAAGGAGGGGGGAACUGGCAGAUUGUUGGGUCUUUUCUCUCUUGCACAAAGUUCCACUUGGCUCAGCUUCAGUAAUAAAGCUUCAUGUUGUUUA